CUCGCAAACAAGCCAUCAGCAAUCAUUAGAGGAGUCAGGCACAAGUGAUGGACAUGCGGCAGUGGGCGGUGCGCUUUCUGCUGGGGUUGGCGGCGUGGGCGGCAUGGGCGGCGCCGGCGGUGGGCGGCGGGCUGCUCUUCCCUCGGGACUCGGAGUCCCGCGAGCUGCGCUCCCUGGACGGCGUCUGGAGCUUCCGCCUGGACCCCGGCACGCAGGGUUACGACGACGCUUGGUACUCCGCCGAUCUCAGCCAGACGGGCGCCGUGGUGCAGAUGCCGGUGCCGGCCAGCUACAACGACGUGACGCAGGAGGCGGCGCUGCGCGACCACGUGGGGCUGGCCUGGUACGACCGGCGCUUCUUCGCGCCCGCCGCCUGGAGGGAGUCCGGCAGACGCGUCUGGCUGCGCUUCGGCAGCGUCCACUACUUCGCGCAGGUGUGGCUGAACGGCUACAGCGUGAUGACGCACGAGAUUGGCCAUCUGCCCUUCCAGGCCGACGUCACCUCUUACCUCAUAUACGGUGAGAGCAACAGAAUUACCGUCGCCGUCAACAACACUCUGAGCAGCACCACCAUACCACAAGGAUCGCUGGAGCAAAUGCAAACGGGAAAUGGUAACAUCACAUACUUGACAUUCACAUUCGACUUCUUCAAUUACGCUGGCAUUCAUCGCUCUGUUGUCCUCUACACAACACCAGAAGUCUACAUAGAUGACAUCACUAUCACUACAGACUAUUCAGCUGAUGGAACUGGUGCUGUGAACUAUACUGUUGUUACUGGUGGCCAGUUGACAGUUACACCACAAUGUGAGGUUGAACUACUGGAUGCCAAUGGAUCUGUAGUUGCUACAGGAACAGGUUUCUCAGGAGAGCUGACAGUGAUCAAUGCAAAUGCUUGGUGGCCAUAUUUAAUGAACACUAAUCCUGGGUACUUGUAUACUUUGAAGGUGAAUGUGACAUCAGUAGAUCUGGGCACAGAAGACGUUUACAGACUCCCUGUGGGAAUACGUCGACUGAGGUGGGACAACACUUCGCUUCUUAUCAAUGACAAGCCUGUAUAUCUCAGAGGGUUUGGAAGACAUGAGGAUUCUGAUGUUUUUGGUAGGGGCUUGAAUCUUCCUAUGGUUUCUCGAGAUCACAGCCUACUGAAAUGGGUGGGAGCCAAUGCAUACAGAACAUCACAUUAUCCUUAUGCUGAGGAGACCAUGGACUUUGCUGACCAACAAGGAAUUAUGAUUAUUGAUGAAUCUCCUGGCCUCAACAUUGAGAAUUAUUCUCCAGAGCUACUGGAAAACCACAAAAGAUCGCUAACACAGUUGAUUACAAGGGACAAGAACAGGCCAAGUGUUAUCAUUUGGUCAGUAUCUAAUGAACCACGUACACAACUUGAUGGAACUGAGGACUACUACAGAGAACUUAUUGACCACGUGAAAAGUCUUGAUGCUACACGUCCUACCACAAUUGCUAUGACUUCAACCUAUGAUGUGGACCGUGCGGGCCAGUUUUUGGAUAUCAUUGGUGUGAAUCGCUAUAAUGCAUGGUACUAUGAUAGUGGGUUUACAGGAGUCAUAGUUCCCAAGCUGCUUGAAGAAAUGGAAAACUGGAGGGAAAAGUAUAAUAAACCAAUAAUCAUGACUGAAUAUGGAGCUGACAGUAUGGUGGGGCUUCACAUGCAACCUGAAUAUCUUUGGUCAGAAGAGUACCAAGUGGUUCUGAUGUCUGAGCACUUUAAGGCUUUUGACACUCUUCGAGAGAGAGGUUACUUUAUAGGAGAACUGAUAUGGAACUUUGCUGAUUUCCAAACUGGUCAAUACUUGGCGUUCAUGCGUGCGGGCGGCAACAGGAAGGGCGCGUUCACGCGGUCGCGCCAGCCCAAGGCCGCGGCGCACCACCUGCGUGGCCGCUACUGGCGCCUGGCGCAGCAGCUGGACGGCGCCCAGCCGCCUGAAGACGUCGACCCCUACCUGGCCGCCGCUGCACCCCGCGACGAACUCUGAACGCACUCGCGCUGUAAACUUCAAAUAAACAACUAAACCCGGAACACUA